UUUUCACUUCUUUUUGUUCGAAAUAGAUACACUUUUCUCUCAUUUCUUUGACAAAAAAACUAUAUUUUUAUAUAUAUUGCAAGCCAGAUGAGUUCUCCAGAGAAAGUAGAAGAAAUAAGCAAGGAGGAAUGGCUUGAAAAGAUACAAGAACUACGCAUACCAAGGAAUGAAAUGAAUUCUUUAGUUAUGGACUAUCUAGUCACUGAAGGUUUUAAACAAGCCGCAGAGAAAUUCAAACUUGAAGCUAAACUACAAUCAGAAAUUCCUUUGACGGGCAUGGACGAGAGAAUACAAAUAAGAGAGGCAGUUCAGAACGGUGAUAUCGUUAAAGCUAUUUGUCUGACAAAUAAUUUCAACCCAGAAAUAUUGGAUAGUAGACCACAUCUAUUUUUUCAUUUACAACAACAGAGACUAAUCGAACUUAUUCGAAACAAAGACAUCGACGGUGCGGUUGAGUUUGCACAGAAUCAAAUGUCAGAGCAAGGGAAAGAUAACCCACAAUUUCUUGAAGAAUUAGAAAGGACCAUGGCAUUACUGGCUUUUGAUAAUGCAGAGGAGUCGCCAUUUGGGGAACUACUUCUGUUAUCUCAAAGGCAAAAGGUUGCAAGUGAACUGAAUGCAGCACUUCUGGAGGAGGAAAACCAGUCAACAACACCCAGGUUGGCGAAGAUGGUGAAACUCCUUGAAUGGUCCCAGAGUGAACUCGAUCAUAGCAAAGCCAAGUAUCCGAAAAUGAUGAACCUUUCGACAGCCGAAAUAGAGAUGACUAAAUGAUAUUGGAGCAAAAACAUGUAUGGUUGAAGAAGGGAUUGUAGGCUUUCAACAGCAUUGACAAAACUUUCUAGGUGAAGAACUUGUGGAUAUGUCAGGAAGAACUUUUCAAAAUGUGCAACUAAAGACACUCAUAUACUAUUUACAGAAUUUUAUUUUUGUAGUUUUAAUGUAUGUCAGUUGUGUUUGAAUAUUACCAAAGAAUUCGAUGCUAGAGAUGUCAAAAUAACAGACC